AUGUCGCUGCCCAAGAAGCGACGGCUGGAGCCGGAGGAGGGCGCGGCGGGGGGCGAGGCGGCGGAGGCGGAGGCGGCGGCGGAGGCGGCGGAGGAGGAGCGGCGGCGCGGCGCGGGCGAGGCGGAGGCGCCGCCGGGCCCGGGCCCCGGCCCGCCCCCUCCCCCCGAGCGCGACCGGCUGUACUACGCGUGCUACGCGGACGUGUCGGUGCACGAGGAGAUGCUGGCGGACCGCGUCCGCACCGAGGCGUACCGGCGCGGCAUCCUGCGGCACGGCGCCUGGCUGCGCGGCAAGGCGGUGCUGGACGUGGGCGCGGGCACGGGCAUCCUGAGCGUGUUCUGCGCGCAGGCGGGCGCGCGGCGCGUGUACGCGGUGGAGGCCAGCUCCAUCUGGCAGCAGGCGCGCGAGGUGGUGCGGCUCAACGGGCUGGAGGGGCGCGUGCGCGUGCUGCCGGGCCCCGUGGAGACGGUGGAGCUGCCCGAGCGCGUGGACGCCAUCGUGAGCGAGUGGAUGGGCUACGGGCUGCUGCACGAGUCCAUGCUGCGCUCCGUGCUGCACGCGCGCGCCAAGUGGCUCAAGGAGGGCGGCCUGCUGCUGCCGGCGUCGGCCGAGCUCUUCGUGGCGCCCGUGAGCGACCAGGGCCUGGAGCUGCGGCUGGGCUUCUGGGGCCAGGUGAAGCAGCGCUACGGCGUGGACAUGAGCUGCCUGGAGCGCUUCGCCACGCGCUGCCUGAUGGGCCACGCGGAGAUCGUGGUGACGGCGCUGUCGGGCGAGGACGUGCUGGCGCGGCCCGAGCGCUUCGCGCGCCUGGAGCUGGCGCGCGCGGGGCUGGAGCGCGAGCUGGAGGCGGGCGUGGGCGGCCGCUUCCGCUUCCGCUGCUACGGCGCCGCGCCCCUGCACGGCUUCGCCGUCUGGUUCCAGGUGACCUUCCCGGGCGGCGGCGCCGGCCGGCCGCCGCUGGUGCUGUCCACCUCGCCCUUCCACCCGGCCACGCACUGGAAGCAGGCGCUGCUCUACCUGGACGAGCCCGUGCCCGUGGAGCAGGACACGGACAUCGCGGGCGAGAUCACGCUGCUGCCUUCCCCGGACGACCCCCGCCGCCUGCGGGUGCUGCUGCGCUACCGCGUGGGGGACCGCGAGGAGAGGACCAAGGACUUCGCCAUGGAGGACUGAGCCCCC